CCUUUCAUAUGGAAGUGCCAGUUUCUAAUUCUAGCCAUGUUUGACUCUUUGUACUCUUAAGGCAAUACUGAGCUCUGCAAAGCUGUAAAGAGAUUUCAACAUAAACUAGAAAUGGUAGCUUAUUAGUAUGAGACGUAAAAAAGAUUCUACCAACAAACACUCCCUAAAUAGUGGUCCAUUAAUUUUAACCCUUCAAAAACAAUUUUUCUUGCUCAAAAGAUCUGUUGAAAGAGAAUGGCUACCAUCUGUGAAAGAUGCAAAGUGCUUGAGAAACAAAAGUACUGGGAAGAGUUUGACAAACAACACAAGUUUUUCAAGAUAAUGAUCAAUGAUUUCAGGCGUAGAUUGCGCAUUCCACAAAAGUUUGUGACUUGUUUUAAGAACAGUCACAAAUUGUUAGGACAGAAGAUUCUAACAGGUCCUAGUGGCAACACUUGGUUAGUUGAAGUUAUUAGAACAGAGAAGGAUUAUGUUUUCUGUAAUGGCUGGGAAGUAUUUGUCAAAGAUCAUAGCUUGGAAAUUGCUGAUAUGUUGGUGUUCAAAAUGGAUGGUUUUUCAGCUUUUGAUGUCAUGAUUUUUGAUGCAAGUGCUUGUGAAAAAGAGACUACUUUCUUUGUCAAGAAAAAUAGGAACCCUUGUAAACAUCCAGAUGAAGUAACAGAUGAACAUACAACUGAGCAACAGAGUAGUGAAGAUGAACCUUCAAAUGAUGAUGAUGUUACGGAUGAGGAUGAUAACAUACAAGAGCCUACCAGAGGGCGAAAAUCAUCGCGAGGAAAACAGUAUCAGUUCCAGUCACUUCAGUCUAGUAAAGGGAAGAAAAUGAAGAAAAUCUUGGUAGCCAAGCAGGAUAAUAGGAGAAGGAAGUGUACACCUAUGUCAUCUCGCAAGAAAAAUGUUGAACCUGAGGAAAAAAGGCCUAUGUACUCAAACAGACGCCGGGUUUCGGAGAAAGAGAAGAUGAGAGUUCAUCAACUGGCCUCAAGACACACAUCUUCUGUGCCUUCUCUUCUGAUGACAAUGCAGCCCACCCAUGUCUACAUGGGUCAACUGAAACUCCCGAAGGAAUGGGCACAGAAGAACAUGAGGAAGAUAUCUGAGACGAUUACUUUGAGAAUCCCUUCAAGUAGAAGAACGUGGUCAGCCUCAAUUCGUUGCAGAAUGGAAGGACUAGUGAUUCAGUCAGGUUGGGAUGAUUUUGCCAUGGAUAACGAUCUGGAGGAGUUUGAUAUAUGUGUAUUCGAGCUUGCUCAAGGAGGAAAGCACGACUCAAAGCCAGUUAUUUUAGAUGUUUACAUAUAUCCUGUUGAGAAUGAGAUCAUGAGACCACUCUAAGAUUUGCCUUUUUCUAUGUUUAUUUACUUUGACAUGUUUGAUUUGUUUUUUGAAACUUAAGUUUGUUAUGAGCUUCAGAUUUCAGUCCUGGACAAACUAAAAGUACCUAAUUUCUUCUUUCUUGAAUGUUAAA